CAAAGGCUGUCCACAACUUUGGUUCAAACUUGCUAUGGAGAAAAGGAGGAGCAAUCGCAUCAAAGCGGAGGAGGAAUGGUCGCCUCUCUCACCCGCCGUGAACGACGGGACGUACGGGAGAGACUCCGGUAGCUUGGAAAAUAGGGAAUCUCAAUAAGAACGCUGGUUUCAUCCUUAAGGCCGAAGUAGCUCAACUCAAGGAGCACGCCUAUUUCAUCAAACAUGGCUUCAGUUAUACUAGGAAUCCUUCUUGUACUCGCUCCACUUCCCCUUUCCACCGAAGCUCAGACCCACGGCAACUUGACCUUGGGCUCCUCGUUGACAGCGAACGACCGUAACUCUUCCUUGCUGUCGCCGUUGGGCGAGUUCGCCUUCGGGUUCCGGAGAAUGGGAAGAGGAGCUCAUUUGUUGGCUAUAUGGUUCGAGAAGAUAGAGGACAAGACCAUAGUCUGGUCGGCAAAUGGCGGUGAUCUAGCGCCUGAAGGUUCGAAAGUCCAGUUGACCACCGAUGGGCUAGUGCUUACUGACCCAAGAGGGAGAGAGCUGUGGUCUUCUAGCCUGAACGGCACUGGCUUAGCGUAUGCGGCCAUGCUCGACACGGGGAACUUCAUCCUAGCGAGUGCAAGCCACGUCAACUUGUGGGAUUCAUUCAGCCAUCCGACAGAUACGAUACUGCCAACACAACAGUUGGAUCAAGGGACUAAAGUCAACGCUCGCUACUCAGAAAUGAAUUAUUCCGCUGGGAGAUUCCUCUUCAUACUGCAAAAUGACGGAAAUCUUGUACUCUAUGCCACUCCCACCCCGCUGGUCGUCUCAGAUGCAUACUGGGCUACCAACACCGUAGGUAUCGGCUUCCAGUUGAUAUUCAAUCAAAGUGGUCGGGUGUACCUCACGGCUAGGAAUGGAACAGUACUCCAUAGCGUCACCUCAGACGAAGUUCCAACCGGCGGAUUUUACCAAAGAGCGAUCCUCGAGUAUGACGGGGUCUUCAGGCAAUAUGUCCACCCUAAGACAGCAAAUUCGAGUUCUGGCUGGGCAAUGGGCUGGUCAAUGGUCUCUUACCCGGUCCCUCCAAAUAUAUGCACGAGCAUGAAUCGAGAUACCGGUACUGGAGCUUGUGGCUUCAACAGCUACUGUACUCUUGGAGACGAUAAGAUUCAGAGGCCCCUAUGCCACUGCCCACCUGGAUAUACUUUGUUAGAUUCGACGAAUGAGAUGAACGGAUGCAGAGAGGACUUCGUAUCACAGAGUUGUGAUGGAAGUAGGCCUGAAAAAGACCAGUUUGCUUUGCAUGACAUGCUCAAUGCAGACUGGCCGUACUCUGAUUACGAGGUUGUCACAUCAAAAACCGAGGACCAGUGCCGAGAGGCUUGCUUGGUUGAUUGUUUUUGCGCAGUUGCUAUUUUCGCAAACGAACAAUGCUGGAAAAAGAAGAACCCUCUUAUAAAUGGUAGGAUGGAUCCUAGUGUGGAUAGAAAAGCUCUGAUCAAGGUCCGGAUAGAAAACUCGACUUUGACAUCUACAGGAAACGGCCAAAAGAAGAACAAGAACUCAACUCUGGUGAUCAUCGGAUCAGUGUUGUUGAGUAGUUCUGUGUUUUUUAACUUGCUUCUACUCCUCAUUAGCUAUUUAAUUUAUAAAAGCUUCCGAUCUAGGGAUUCUAAGUUUUCACGACCAGUCCAGAUCAACCAAACUGCGCCCAUGCGGACUUUCAAUUAUCAAGAGCUUCAAGAAGCAACAGAUGGAUUCAAAGAAGAACUAGGUAGAGGUUCCUUUGGAACAGUGUACAAAGGUGUUCUCGGAUCCGAGGAUACAAACUUUGUGGCAGUAAAAAUGUUGGCAACAAGGACCGGAGAAAGCGAAAAGGAGUUUGAAAGAGAAGUGAGUGCAAUUGGCCAAACUAACCACAAGAACUUAGUGCAGUUGCUUGGAUUCUGCAAUGAGGGUCAACACCGAUUACUGGUGUAUGAAUUCAUGAGCAACGGUAGUUUGGCAGAUUUUCUUUUUGGCUCUUCAAGGCCCAGCUGGUACAAAAGAAUAGAAAUUGCCUGUGGUGUUGCGCGGGGCCUUGCUUACUUGCAUGACGAUUGCACUAGGCAUAUAAUCCACUGCGACAUCAAGCCGCAAAAUAUUCUUCUUGAUGGCUAUCUCGCUGCAAAAAUAUCAGACUUUGGAUUAGCUAAGCUCUUGAUGGCAAACCAAACACGAACCACCACAGGGAUCAAAGGAACUAGAGGUUAUUUAGCGCCUGAAUGGUUUAGGAAUAUGCCUAUUUCUGGCAAAGUAGAUGUUUACAGCUUCGGCAUUUUGUUGGUCGAGCUCAUCUGCUGCAGAAAGAACUUUGAGCCAGAAGGGGAAACGGAAGCUCAAAUUGUGUUGGUCGACUGGGUUUAUGACUGCUACCGUGAUGGGAGUGUGCUUGUACUGGUGGAGGGCGACGAAGAGGCAUCAGGUGACAUGAGAAGGGUGAGAAGAUUUGUGAUGACAGCAUUGUGGUGCAUCCAGGAAGACCCGGCUUUGAGGCCAAACAUGAAGAAAAUCACUCAGAUGUUGGAAGGAGCUGUUGAAGUCUCAGUCCCCCCGGAUCCAAGCUCUUUUAUCAGUUCAAUAUGAUUUUGCUUAUUAAGACAACUAAUGUAUGUAAUCAUGGAAAUUAUCCGUAUUGUCUGUAAUUGCUAUUA